GUACUAUCUCAAUAUGUUAGCUGGUUGUGUGUUUGUUCUAGUUUUUGUGACGUCAUCGCUGGCCUACAGGGAUCGAGACGACUACAUUGGCCCAAAAGAAAGAUUCAUGGAUUUCUCAAUUGAGGUUCCAAGUAAUUCGAUGGAAUGCUUUUAUCAGGACAUGGACGAUAGAUUUCAUGGAAUGUAUCUGCAAUACCUUGUGUUGUAUCAAGGACCCUAUGAAGAUCUACACUUUACGAUCAGCGGUCCGGACGGAAAAUUUCUGUUCCAAGCGGUUGGAGAAUACGAAGAGUUUCACAUAAACAUCACGGAUAGCCGACAGAAAGGCACCUAUGAGAUGUGUUUGGAGAACCAGUAUCUGCUGGAGGAGACAGUUGUUUACGUGGAGAUGUGGGUUGAGUACAAUGACAGCUUGGAUAAAUUGGUUGACACCCAUAGCUAUGAGGACUUAGGAAAUGUUACGACCUCCUUGAAGAAGAUAUCCGACAGGAUACAGAGAAUGGAUCUACACGCAGGGCUGAUCUCUCAGUGGUAUCACAAAGACUCCGUCACAUUAAAGUUUAGCGACAACCAUGUCGACAGCUUCGGCAUGCUGGUUUGUGCGAUGAUCAUCUGCUCGGGGCUGCUGCAGGCGUUCUUCAUAAAGAAACUGUUUCUCCGUGACCAAGAGGAGUUACGUAACGAUCCUCCUGUAAAGUUUGACCAACCCAGAAAGUCGUCCGGUUCGCGAAUAGCCUAGCUAUCUAAUCAUUUCGUCUUAGUCUUCGUAACGUCACAACCUAUGUAAGACUUCACGAGACUGUUUUUGGGACCAAAUUCGUGUUAGCUUAGGCCUAUGAUAUCCAAUUGAUAUGUGGUUAUAGUACAAUUAGCUAUUUGCUCAUGGGUCAGUGUUUGAAAUGGGGAAAUGACUGCAUUUGGGUAAAGGCAACAGUAAAGUAGGGAAUAUUUUUAUCUUAUUUCAUGUUUCUAAAAGCGUCUCCAGUGGAAAUAUUCAGUUGAUAUAUUGAAACGGUAUAAGAUAGAAAACUACAUAAACGUACACUUUGAGGUAAUUAUAAGGGUAUUAUCAGACGACCACCUUGCAAUGAAAGAUGCCUAGAGGACAUAUUGUGUCCUGUUACGUGUGCGUUUGGUUGCGUUGUCUCUUUGCAUUAAUAAAGGUCAUUACCCGGUCAUUGCUGUGGCAUAUUAUCGAAGCCAGAUUAUGUAGUGGGCCAUGUAUGAUCAUAAAGAAAGAAAUGCUGAAUCAUACCACAGUAGCAUCCAAAUAUUUACCGUAAAAUUAGGCAAACAUUCAUGAUCUAAUGUAAAUUAGUUUGGCUGAUGUAAGAUUUACUAAGCACUUUUAGGGCACCCAUUAUCAUGGCA